GAUGCUCCAAUCACAAAAGCAUUUAUUGGUGUUCAUAAUCCUGAGUUCGAAGUUUAUAGCGUUCAAAUACGAUUAGAUGCUCACUUUAGAGGCCUACGAUUCUUUAUGUACUAUUAUUCAAUGCCAGCAGCAUUCUUUUUCAUGACUCUUUUCCUUUUCUGGGAAAUAUUCUUUUCGGUACUUGCAUGGAGAUCACUCGUCACAUGGUGGCAAAAUAAAAUGCCGGCAGUCACUGAACCAGUUAAGAUUGCAUCUGGCUCCAAAGAUGAAGGUCAGGACGGUGAAACUACUGGUAAAGAUGAUGACCUCGGAGCUUGGCAGAAAGUUCGUCGUAGUGAUACUAUUGAAGGCGGUGUAACAACAGAAACAGAUAGUGAAGGCGAACCA